AUGGAUUUUCUCGAUGACCCGCCCAAUGUGGACCAGGAUCUAUACCUGCUUCUCGGUGUUACUGCCAAUGCCACCACGGCGGAGAUCAAGACUGCAUACAAGCGAAUGGCUCUCAAGCACCACCCUGAUAAGGUCCACGAAGCUUUGCGCGAUGAAGCGAACUCCCAAUUCCAAAAAAUCGCCUUCGCAUAUGGAAUCCUUUCUGAUGACGCUCGUCGUAGGGCAUACGACGACACUGGCCGUACCACUGACGCUGAAUUUGAGUGGGCCGAUUUUGUGCGCGAGCAGUUCAAGGCUGUCAUUUCCGACGAUAUGAUCAUCGACUUUAAAAACAAAUAUCAGGGCUCCGACGAGGAGAAGAAUGACUUGUUGGACGCGUAUGUGAAGAGUAAAGGUAAUAUGGGCAAAAUUUACCAAUCUAUCAUGUUGUCAAACCCCCUCGAUGACGAACACCGCUUCCGUGAGAUUAUCGACAAAGCUAUUGCCGACGGCGAAGUCGAUAGUUUCAAAGCUUACGUCAAGGAGUCUGCCAAAUCCCGAGCGGGACGGUUGAAGACUGCUCGCACCAACGCCAAGGAGGCUGAACAGAGCAAGAAAGAAUUCGCCGCUAAGAAGAAAGCUGCUUCAAAGCCUGCGUCUGACAGUUUGGCCGCCUUGAUCGCUAAUCGACACGCUACACGCGAAAGUGAUAACUUCAUUUCACGAAUCGAGCAGAAGUAUGGUGGUGGGAAAAAACGGAAAUGUAAGGAGCCGUUGGAGCCGUCUGAGGAGGCUUUUGCUGCUGUUGCUGCGCGUAAACGAUCCAAGCCAUGA